CGGUGCGUCUCUGUCGAAAAUCAAAGUCUCUCGUCUGCAAACCCUAAACCUGAUCUCUCUCCUCUCCCGCUCUCUCUCUCUCUCUCUCUCUCUCUCUCUCUCUCUCUCUCUCUCUCUUUAGAUUUCUCGAGAAAUGGCGUCGUUUGCCGAAGCUCCACCCGGAGAUGCCAAGACCGGAGAGAAAAUCUUCAAGACCAAGUGCGCUCAGUGCCAUACCGUCGAGAAAGGCGCCGGUCACAAGCAGGGACCCAAUCUGAAUGGACUUUUCGGGAGGCAGUCUGGUACGGGUGCUGGAUACUCAUACUCUGCUGCUAACAAGAACAAGGCUGUGACAUGGGAGGAAAAUACCUUGUAUGAUUACUUGUUGAACCCCAAGAAGGUAUUACAUUCCCGGAACCAAGAUGGUGUUCCCUGGAUUGAAGAAGCCGCAGGAUCGUGCUGAUCUCAUUGCAUAUUUGAAGCAAUCUACUGCAUAAACAUUUUGCAGUAGUUAGAGGUGGUCACUUCAUACGAGGCGGACGGUACUAUUUUUUUGCCAAUAAAAUUUAAAACGGACGUUCAAUGUCUGCAAUUCUUGUUUGCAUGUCGAGCUUGCUUUUGUUUUUGUAGGAAGGGGUUGCUGUAAUUGCUGUAAUUGGCAAACACAACAUAUUCAAUUCAAUUAAGACGUUGCGACUA